AACUUCUCUUAUCCUAUUCUAAGUUCUAACACUGCACAAUAAAGAUUCCUUCUUUUUAUUUUCUCUAUAAAAUCCCACAAUUUUUGUUGUAACCAAAAAAACAUAACACAAACACAAUUUUCCUUUCUCACUUUCUUCUUGCUAUUCAUACAAAAAAAAUGGCUUCAGAUUCCAAAUCAAAUCUUAAAAUCACCAUACAAAGCAAUCCUUCAGAAUCAACCUUAGCUGAACUCAACAUCAAGUGUUGGCCCAAAUGGGGGUGUUCACCAGGGAAAUACCAGUUAAAAUUUGAUGCAGAGGAAACAUGCUAUUUGUUGAAAGGAAAAGUUAAAGCAUACACAAAAGGUUCAUCAUCAGAGUAUGUAGAGUUUGGUGCUGGAGAUCUUGUGACAAUUCCAAAAGGACUAAGUUGUACUUGGGAUGUUUCUGUUGCUGUUGAUAAGUACUACAAAUUUGAAGCUUCAUCAUCUUCUUAGUUACUAGUAGUUGGUUAGAUUUAGUAGAAGCAACAACAGCUUUUUUAUUCUUUCUUUCUUUCACAUUUUUGCUUAUUUUGAGGAAGAAUUAGAGAGUUUGAAGUUUUAUGUAUGUUUGGUUUUGUGGGGAAAGUGGCAGUUUUAGUCAAAGAAAGAACCAAUCAGUCAAAUGAAUAACUGUCUUGUUCAAACUACAGUUCUUUAAAGUGUUUUAAUGUAGUAAUAUUAAAAUA